UGUAAAAUUAAAUAUGCAGCAAUAUUGUAUCGUCUGAUACGUAAACAUGGUUUCAACGCCCUUAGAGUGAGGCUCCUAUCUCUGCAGGACGUGUAUCUCAGACUGGGCUAAGAACAAGGUCAUCAUGGACCGUCUAUGCGGAGAAGUCAGAAUUCCUUGAGCAAAUUAUAACUGAGAACAUGAGCUCAAACAUACUGACUUGAUCAAGAUCCUUGGAGCUAAAGAAUUUGAAAAAAUUAAUGAAGAGUAUACCAGGCUCUACCUCACUAACACCGAGGAUAUCAGGAGCUGACCAAAUCCUGACUGUAUUUAUGCUGGGACAAUAGAAUUGAGCACCUGCCGCGAUAAAUUAGAAUGUCCUCGGUGUAAUUACCAGUGGAGAGAAUUCAUCCAAAUGUCUCCUUUACAAAAAUCUAUCAAAUCUGUCAAAGAUACACUCACACUAAAGACAGAAACUUUUAGUUACAUUAACGAAGUUAUGACUGGAUGUCCUUGCCCCAAGUGUGGACUCGUCAUCUGGAAAGAUGGUGGGUGAAGCCACAUGGUAUGACAGAAAUGUAAAUACGAGUUCUGCUGGCUCUGUCUCGGAGCAUAUCCUGGUUACCGACAUAAAGAGAACACAUUCUGCCCUAUAAGACAAGUUAUCACCUAUGUGUCAUGCUUACUACCUCUAAUCGCAGUUGAUUACAACUUAUGUAGGUAUGUCUACCUGUGGUACUUGCCUCACUAUAUUGUCUAUACUGUACUUUCUGCAAUAUUAUUCUACUUCAUUAUCCCAAAUGCUGUGCUUGCAAUAACUAUUGGCAGUUUGGUUCUAUGAGUCAUCGGCAUCUUCACUCUAUUCGCUCCAAGUAGUUCUAGAGGACAAAGAUGAUGCCUGGUCUUCUGUAUGGUCCCUCUUGCCUUAGCAUGUUACAUAAAAUACCGCUUCUGGAAAGCAAUCUUGUUCACUCCAGGCUACGCAUUCAUCUACAAAUCCCUUCUCUGGGAACUGCUGAUCUGUUUCGUCUGAUUCAUGCUGUUCUUCCUUUGAAGGUAUUUCAUCAGAAUCAUAAUGUUAGUACUUAGACUGAUUAUUAGAACUUUGGUGAAAGGAAUUAGCAUGGUUAUCAGAGUGCCUAAAAAUGUCAUUUUCAUUUUGAAGAGAUGUAUUGCUAAAAGAAGGAAAUCAAACUAAACCAUAAUGCUUUAUUUCUGCUUUAUCUAACAAAAGGUACAUAAUGACGUAUCCCACCAGUUAAAUACCUUUUAAAUAUAGAACCUGAUAAAUUUCUGACUCAAUCUUAACAU